UUAUUCAAAUUUUAUCUAACAACAAUGACCGCUUCAUUAUUUCAAAUUCGAAAUAGGCCAGAUCUGACGCUUGACAAAUGCAAAGAACAAAUUGAAUUGGCCAAAAAUGAAAACAAAACAUUUCUUCGUCAGGCAUUUCAAGCUCAUCUUGUUAAUUUACUCAAUCGAGAGAAGAAUUUUACUUCCGAACUGGUCAAAGAACUUAAAAAAAUUGAUGACAAGGAAUUGUUGGUUGAUGUUUUGUUGGAAGAGAGCAUUGCUUUUUAUCAUCUUUCAAACCUCACAAAAGCUCGUGCCUCUCUGACUAAUGCACGUACCAUUGCCAAUUCAAAAUAUACUCCUCCUGCUAUGCAAGCAAAACUCGACCUUCAGUCAGGCAUUUUACACGCAGCCGAGGAUCACGAUUUCAAGACGGCUUUUUCUUAUUUCUACGAGGCUUUCGAGGCGUUUGAUUCUGUGAAUGACAGCAAAAUGGCACAGAAUGCACUUAAGUAUAUGCUUCUUAGUAAGAUUAUGACAGAUAAUGCUGAUGAAGUGAACAGUAUUUUGGUUGGUAAAACUAUUUCAAAAUAUUCCGGUCCCGAAACUGAUGCAAUGAAGGCACUUGCCAAUGCUGCAAAAAAGCGUUCUUUGAAGGAAUUUAAUGAGACUUUUUCCAAAUACGGAGAUCAAUUAAUGGAAGAUCCUGUUGUCCAAAAACAUUUUUCUUCAAUUUCUGAUACAAUGUUUGAAAAGGAACUUUCUCGUUUAAUCCAGCCUUAUUCUUGUGUUCAAAUUGAGCAUAUUUCUAAAUGUGUUGGUUUGAAUCGUGAUUUGGUUGAAAAGAAAUUGAGUCAAAUGAUUUUGGAUAAAAAAUUUUAUGGUUGUCUUCAAGGUGAUGGAUUGCUUGUUAUUUUUGAUAAGGAAAUUGUGGACCCUUCUUUUGAGUUGGCAGUGGAGGCGAUUCAUGCGAUUGGAGAAGUGGUAGACUCUCUUGGGGACAGAGCAAAGAAAGUAAAAUAA